AGGGUAUCGAGAUAAGCGUUGAAGAAGGAAACACAUCAGCUAAUGCCAAGCCAAUAACAUUGUCAACUCAUUUAGAAUUAGUCAGUUCAUCAUCAGGUCCAAUUGUUACUUUUGAGCAUAAAAGUUCUUCACAAGAAUAUGGUGAUAGCCAAACCAUCUCCUCCAAUUUCCACUACAAAGCCGCUUGCCAUUGAAGAUUUUGAUAAUGAUGAAGGUUCUCUAAUUGACAAUCCUCUCAUGAAGGUAAACUCAAAUAUCGAAGAACAGUUUCCUAUGGACGAUGAAAUAAUAGUUUCCAGAUCAAGACUCUCUUCUAUCGUGUCUCAGUUUCCAAAUGGGACUGAAGUUCAAGCAACAUCUAAACAUGAGUUAACUUCUUCACAUAAAAAUGGCAAUGAGUCAAAUGUUGUGGAGACAAAAAUGAAACAAACAGAAGAGAGAAAGCAAGAAUUUGUUGUAAACAUUCCUGGUUUAGAGAUUCCUUCGGUAGCAAAUUCACCAACAAUUUCACAAGAGUUGUUGAAUGAACAAUCAACGAGUCAACAAUGUUUGAUGGAUCAAAGUAUUCAAGAGGGUUCUACGUUACAGAAAACUGUCGCAACAACUUUUGCCACCGUUUCAGAAACAAGGAACGAGUCUACUAUACAAUUAGCUGCUCCCAAACAAAAGGCAACUAUUCGCUCGACUCUCUUUCAACUUAUAUUGGAAAUCAAUUAUGCUAAAUUGCAACCCACUGUAAUAUCUUUUUAAUUUUAUGAAGGUUAUCAAGUUAAGUUUUGAAGAUACAACAACUAUAGCUAAUGCCAAGACAAUAACAUCGGCAACUCAUUCAGAACCGAAUAUUUCAUCAUCAGGGCCAUUAGUUACUUAUGAGCUUAAAACAUCUUCACAUUUGGAGGGUUCUAUGUUAGGCAAAAUAGAAGCAGCAAGUUUGUCCAUCAUUUCAGGAACAAAGAAUGAGACAGAUUUACAAUUAGUGGCUCCUAAACAAAAGGUUAUCGAGAUAAGUGUUGAAGAAGGAAGUACAUCAACACAUGUAGCAAUGGAAGAUAUUAACAAGCUGAUCGAAGAAGACCCACUUCUUGCAUUUGAGAAGCUUCUUACUGGACAAGUGCCAAUUUCCUCCGUUCAAAUUUUACUUCAAGAAUUGAAGACUUUGGACUCAUCGUCAGACCUUGACGAUCUUGUAUCUAACCAAGAGUCCAAAUCAAAAUUGAUUUCGCUUGUUCAUCAGUUGAGUCAGCAUCAAGAAAUGUUAACUUCUGAAUUGAAGGACUUUGUUGAGAAAGUGAAGAACUUCUUCAAUGAUAACAUUAUCAAACACGCCACUUCUCAACAAGUAUUCAACAAGCACAACCAACUUCUUGCUUUGAAAACUGAUCUCAUGAACAAGCUUUGGAGUGCAAAGAGUACACAAACCCACAUUGACGGGGAAUCUUCAACUGCCAAUGCUCAGAUACAUGAAUUCUCUUUACAAAUUGAUGAUUUGAAGUCAGUCCUGAACAAAUGUGAUGUUCAGAAGGAUAAGUUGAAGGCUGAAUGUACUGAGUGGGCACAACAAAGUAAAGAAUAACUUUCUGCACUUGCGUCAUCCGGGGUCGAUGUAAGAGAAGCUGAACUUGCGAGGAAUUUCGCAACAGAAGGCUUUGCAAAUUUAAAAUCAUCCUUUCCUACAUUUUAGGAGGGAGCCUCACAAAAAUAGGAUAGGGUGUGAUUAGUGUUUUUGUUAAUGUCGUUUUGUUUAUGUAAGCUUAGUACUGCGCUCUUUUUUCCUUCAUCUGGUUUUAUCCCAUUGGGUUUUACAAGUAAGGUUUUUAAUGAUGCAGAUGUAUCACAUUGUUAUUCACUUAGGUAUUAAUCUUUAUUU